AUGGGACCCAGGAGGCCUUGUUCCUCUUGGGCCCCCGUCGCGGGCGUCCGGGGACAGCCAGGUCCAUCUGGCUCUGGGAGAGGGCAUGCCCGCACAGGGGCACAGGGAGAGGGGUCCGGGCAUGAUGACCCGGUGUCGUCCCGGAGCGCCAGGGGCCCAGGCCGGCCUGUCUGCGGGGAAACCACUCAGGCGCCCCCGCAGAGCCGGCAGAAGCCGCGGCGGCCUCCUUGGCGUUAUAAGCGGUGUCGCGACCCCCGGGCGGGGCGCGGGCCGGAGCCGCGCGGGCCCCGGGCUGUUGCAGUGCGGGCGGGCGCGGAGAGCGCGAAGCUGCGGCCUAGAACUUCUCCCCGCAGCUCCUCCGCCCCGGGCCAGGGGAGCAGGAAGUUGCUUCUGCGGGGAAGGAAGAGCGCGAGCUCGGAGCUGGGCAGCGGCCCUGGGCACCGUGCCCCCGCCAUCCCACGCCUUCCCGGCACCCAGAGGGCACCCCCCUCCGCCAGGCACCUUGCGCGCCCCCUCGGUCUCCGGGCUCGGUGCGCCCCCCGCCCCCCCAUCGCCCCUGGCCAGGCGCCCCUCCCUCCGCCGGACCCGCGCGGUCCGCAGAGCCACCGCGGGGUCGCCCUGGCGCGCACCCUGCCCUGCGGGAAGCCCGCCGCCGCCGGAGCCGCGAGCCCCGACCGGGGACCUCGUCUAGAGCUCCGGGGCACACGCCGGCCCCUGCGGAGCCGAGCCGGCCACCCUCGCACAGGGUCCGCGCGCAGGCCGGAGGCCGUCGGUCCGCCCGGGGUCCCCGAGCUCGGCCCGAGCCUGCGCGCGCGCCCCGCUGCCCGCAAUCAUGGCAGCCGGCGCCUCGGAACGCAGCGGCCCAGCGCGCUCCGGCCGCCGCCUCGGUGCCAGGGCGGCCCGGCGAGCAGGGGCCGGGGCUCGCGCCGCCCGCCCCCCGCCCCCGCAGCCGCGCAGCCCGGGGCGCGGAGCCGGAGGCCGGCGGGGGUCCUCGCGGCGCGGUGCCCCCCGGACGCGCCGGCUGGCGGGCGGGGCCGCGGGCCGGGGGCGCGCGGCGGGGAGCGCCCGGGUCGGCGUGCCCGCGGGGGCGCGCACGCGGGGCUGCGGGGCGAGGCGCGGGGCUCGGGCGGCGAAUCCGCUGCUCGCGCCGCCCGCCCCGCCCGCGCGCGCCGGGCCCGGGAGGAGGGUGCGCGGCGGAGCGGGAGCGGCAGCGGCAGCGGCAGCGGGGGCGGGCGGGGGGGGGGCGAUCCGGGGAGGGGCCGCGGCCCGUCCUCGCCCGCAGCGGGCACGGCCAGGGGGCCCCGGAGGCCUCGUUGGUAUUCCGGGCACAGCCGAAGCCUUGACCUCCCCGCGGAACAGAGGCGCCCGGGCGCGCGGGCACGGCCGCCGUCCCCGGGAGGUCUCUCCCGGCUGCGGGGCCCGUGCCAACUCCGAGACAAAAGACAUAAAAUAGGCGGCAACGUGGGAAGCGCGGCCGGCGCGCUCGGGCGGGGACGGAGGCGCCGCGGGGGCCGCAUCCUCGGUGCCGACCGGGGAAAGUUUGGGAAGUCGCCGCGGCGGCUUCGCAGCGGCGGGGGACGCGCGGGCCGGGCCGCCCUCCGCGCCGCGCUCGCCCUCUCCGCGCCGCUGCUGAAUAAUUCAUGGCGCGGCCGCCGGCCAUUAGCAUGCACCGGGCGCGCGGCGCGUCUGUGCCAAGCCGCCGCCGCCGCCGCAUUCGGCGCCCGGGCCGCGCCAGACGAGCGGCCGCGCGGCAGCCGGGCCCGCGCCGUCCCCGCGCCCGCCCGGCGGCGCCCAUUCCCGCAGCCCGCAGCGCGCCCGACGGCCCGGCUCCGCAAGUUGGGGCCCGCGCCGCCCGCCCGCCCGGGAGCACGGGAACUUGGAGAAAGUCGCGGGGCGCCCCGGCCCGGACCCCCGCCGCAGGGCGUGGGCGCCCCCCGGCCCGGCGCGCUUUCGGUUUCGCCCCGGACAAAGGUCCCCCGGGGCGCGAGGCGCGGCCGCGGGGACCCGGUGCUGCCGGCGCUCCCCGGCCGGGUCCGCUGGCUCCUCUCGGGCCGGCCCGCGUCGGGAGGGCAGGGGCGGCGAGGCCUGGCGCGCGCCUCGCCCGGCCGCCCGCGCCCCCCAGCCGUGCCGCCCUGCCCGGAGUUGCGGGAGGUGGCUCCGCGCGCGCGGAGGAGGCCGGCGCGGGGACAGGGCGCACGCCCGGGGCCGGGGCCGGGGCCGGGGCCGGGGCCGGGGCCGAGCGGGCAGGACAGCGCAGCGCCCUCCGCGUCCCGGCGCGUCCCUCCGCCAAGGGCAGGGCGGUCGACCUGCGUGUCCCGGGUCACCGCCGCGUUGCGUUCCCGGCGACUCCUGAGGAUGGAGGAGGACUUGUGUCUGGGGAUGCUGGCCCUGGCUGACACAGCGGCGAUGCUGCCAAACCUCACGCCGGAGGGUUCCAGCCCAGAAGGGCCUGAUCGGGCCCUGCCACCUGCCGGAGGGGCCAGCCCCAAAAUGGCCACCUGGUUUCCAGCGGCCUUCCCCGUGGAGCGUGGGGGGACCCUCUCCUCCCGGGGGCCCGGCUGUUGGCAGCUGUGCCAAGCCGUUCCUGGAAUGGAAUUCCCGGCGUUCCUGUCGCCGUGCCGGCCCCCCUCCUCCGCGGGCACGACUGCAUCGGAACCUGGGCUCCCGUCCCCCGCUGCUCGGGCGUCCAGACGGCCCCUGACCCCAGUCAUCACCGACAGGAAGGCUUGCGAGCGGGACUGCAGGCCCAGCCCGGCCACUCCCUGCAGGGCCGGCCCUGCUGGCCGGGGCCGCCGGCCGGGGGAGCCCCCGUGUCACACGCACAGCCCUGCGGCUCAGCCGCCGCAGGGGCACGGGGCCUGGCCACAUAAAGGGCUGAGGGACAGACGCGAGCAGACGGGUCGGGCGGCCACGCGGACACAAGGCCGACCCCGAGCCCUGGCGCGGACUCCGGGCCCGGAUGGCACGGCCCCCCCGGGGGGGCAUCCGCUGGAACGGGCUCGCGGGGAGGCCGGGGGCCCAGGGAGCUGUUGGGGGGGCCCCCCCGCCGGGGAGCCCGCCGGGCGCUGGCCGCCGCCGCCCCGCUCCUCCUCGGGCCAGCGCGGGAACAAUGCGGCCUCUAUGCCCGGAGCGGACCCGGGCCGCCCGGACUCCGGAGCAACAUGGCGCCCAGGCCGCGCCGCCUGGCCCCGGGGAGGGCUGGCGCCUGGGCCGGGCCUGGGCCGGGCCAGCUCCCCGGCCUCCUCGGGCCGGCCGCUGAGUGGCCAGCCGCGCCUGCCGCCUCCGCCCUCUCCCGCCUCCCCCUGCCUGGUGGUGGGUUCGGGGGUCCGGCCCACCCGCCUCUGCCACGUCUGCCAUCCUCCCGGCACCCAGGAGCAUCUUUCAAAAAUUCCCGGUGGGCGGGGCCGAGCCGCAGCGGCCGCCUCUGGCCCCCCCUCCCCGGGCAGCCAGUGCCAGAUGAGAGCAGGAGACAAAAGUAGCAUUUUCCUCGUCCUCCUGGGCUGGCAGCAGAGCCUCCCCCAGCACCACUUGGCUCCUGGCAGCCCUGCCUCCGGGGGCCGGGGUGGCCGAGGCCCAGGCCGCGGCGGCCGAGACCGGGGCAGCGAUGGCCGAGGGUGGCCAGGGAGAGCAGGACGCCUGCGGGCCCGGCGGCGUGGGGCUGGCACCUGGGGACGGCCUGCUGGCCGGCGGGACCCCCCACCCCCCGCGGUGCCCGGCCUGGCCAGGGGGCACCGUGGGCACGUCCUUGCGUUGGAGAAAGCUCCUCAGCCUCCUGCACCUUGGGCGGUGCUUGGGGUGCACGUGGGCACGUCCAGCACACAGACCCUCGGGGGCCCCGAGUGGUCCGGGGCCAGCCUGUGCCAGAUGCCGUCCCGGGUUCCCAUCUGCAGGACUGUGGGCCGAGACACUGGGCUGUCCAGGGCCUGA